AUGACCACCAUAAGAUGUUUGCUCACUAUUGCAGCCAAAAGAGACUGGAAUGUGUCUCAAUUGGAUGUCAACAAUGCAUUUUUGCAUGGUGACCUUCAGGAGGAGGUGUAUAUGAAAUUUCCUUCAGGUUUAACAUCUCCCAGUCCUAAGCAUGUUUGUUUACUAAGGAAGUCAUUAUAUGGAUUGAAACAAGCAUCUAGGCAAUGGUAUGCCAGGCUUGCAGGGGCUUUGAGUUUUAAGGGGUAUUCUUCAUCAUUAAAUGAUUAUUCUCUAUUCUUUAAACGAACAGGAAGUCUGAUUUCUAUACUAGCUGUCUAUGUAGAUGACAUCCUACUAACUGGAGAUGAUUUGGAAGAGAUCAAACACAUCAAGGAUUUACUAAAUACUGAAUUCAAAGUCAAAAAUCUAGGAAGCAUACAUUAUUUUUUGGGGAUGGAAAUUCUGAGAGAAAAAGAAGGUUUUAUUGUGAGUCAAAAAAAAUUUACCUUGGACAUGCUGAAUGAGUUUGAAGUUUCUCACUUGGGUCGAGUUACCUCUCCUCUUGACCCUUCUUCCAAACUUCAAGCUGAUGAUGGAAGACCUUUGCAAAACCCCACAGUGUAUCAACAUCUAGUUGGGAAGUUGAACUAUCUGACUAACACUCGCCCGGAUCUUUCCUUUGCAGUUCUCACUCUCAGCCAGUACAUGCAGAAGCCAUGUCUCUCUCACUUCACUACAGCAUUACGAGUGUUGAAAUACUUGAGCUCAGAUCCAGGACAAGGCAUCCUUCUAUCAGCAGCACCAUCUUUCUCUUUGUUUGCCUUUUGUGAUGCUGAUUGGGCUUCCUGCAAGGAUUCAAGAAGGUCUGUAAGUGGAUUUUUUAUCACGUUAGGAGGAGCACCAAUUUCUUGGAAAUCAAAGAAGCAAAUAUCAAUUUCUCUGUCAUCUGCAGAGGCAGAAUAUAGAUCUAUGCGCAGAGUGACUGCAGAAUUUACUUGGCUUGUUCGUCUUCUUGAGGAUCUGUCUGCACCAGUCAAUCUUCCCAUACCUCUUCAUUCUGAUAGCAAAGCAGCCAUCCACAUCGCCCGUAACCCCGUCUUCCAUGAACGCACAAAACAUGUGGAGAUUGACUGA